GAAAAGCUUGUGCUUUUCUAGAGGUCAAGGCCAGGUUGGAUGGGACUUUGAGCUACCUAUCUAGUGGAAAAUGUCCCUGCCCAUGGCAGGGGGGUUGGACUGGAUGGUCUUGCAAGGUCCCUUCCAAUCCAAACCAUUCUAUGAACAAAAGGUGCCUCAUCUUCCUCCCUUCUGAUGUCCACUGCUUGCAAGGGCCCAGUUGUGCUCUAAUAAGCCUUUUUUAUGUCACACAGCAAGACUGUGUGAAUGUCAGCUCUGAGGAGGCUUUUAGCUGGUCCCUGCUUCUGCCUGCAGACUGCAUUUAGUCACAGUUCAUUUAUUCAGAGCUCAGAAACGUGGAUGUUUGCUUUAUUGUCAAAUAUGGGGAUUGCACGCACCCUGGUGCACAGGGGGAUGCAAACACCUGGGUGCAUGGGGAUUGCAUAUGCCCCUGUGCAUGGGGCAGGGAGGAGCAUGUGCCCCACUGCAUGGGAGAUCCACGAGCCCCAGUACAUAAGGAUUGCACGUAUCCCAGGUGCACAGAGGGGAUAAUCCCAUGCUGGGUUCCCUGAGCAGCACCAGUGGCAUGACCCGACACCACCCAGCGCCACGCCAGACACGUAGGACGGGCAGCCCUGGGAACGGCCACACCUGCCAGCGGGCAAAGUGCGGGGCAAGGGCUGGGUGGCCCUGCGGAAAGCAGCCAUGGAGUGCCCGACAGCUGUGCGGCUCUGCGGCAUCACCCUCCUGCUGGGCGCUGCCCUCUCCCUGCCUGCACCCGGCGGCACCCAGGCUCCGAGCAACACUGGGUGGAAGGACCUGGCUGCGGAGCAGGCUUUGGCCAAGGAAAUCAUCCUGGGCAUACGAGCUGUGGAGCCGCCGGAGGAGGGCGAGAUCUCCGAAGAGGUGGAACCAGGUAUAAAGGUCUUCUCCAGCAGCGCCUGGGCUCAGUGGGGCCCCCACCAAGCCCAGGUGGGACCGGAGGAGGACCGUGACCACCUCCACCAUCCCCAGGAUGAUGCCAGGGAGGCCGAUGGCCAUGGGUCACCCUGGGUGCUGUCCCUGGGGGUGCAGAGUGGCCCGGAGGAGGACCGCGACCAUUUCCACCACAGCUGAGUGGAGUUGUGCCCGGGCUGCAAAAUGAGGGGUGGGAGCUGCCCCUGGGGCUUCCCAAGGGGACUUGUCCCUCCCUUUCCCCCACCCUUGAGUCCCCCCAAUAAACCUGUUCCCCCCUCCACAUCCUGGUGGGCUCCUCAUUGCUGCCAAAAAACUGUCGCUAAGUGCAGGGCCCCAAACUCUGGGGGAUCCUCCUCCUUGGGGUCACCCCAAGA